CACGCGGACGGACGGGUGUUGCGGGAGCAUCAGGCCAUGCAGAAAGAGGCUGGGGACAGCACGGCGUCCCCCACGGAGGAUCACCCUGACACAGGCUCCUCGGGGGACAUCAAAGCCAGCUUGCGGGCUACGUUGUUCACCCCAAAGCCUCCCCGGCAGCCCAGGCUGGAGCGCGCGGCGUCUCUAGACGAGCAAAGCUGGCGGCGGCGGAGGCGGCGGCUGUUGAAAACAAGCCAGGAGAGCUUGACGGACCCCAAUGAGACCAGCUCCUCCAACGGGUCUCUCCAGGAAGCGUCCCCGAGCCCUCCCGUCGUGAGCAGAGGAGCGUCCCUUGGCACCCCUUGGCAUCCAGGCUCCUUGCGGGACGCCGUGGAAACGAGCUCCUUCGGGAAGAGCAAGGGAAGCGGGUCUGACUCGGAGAAAGAAGCCUUCGAGCAAGGAAAGGCGCUUUCCGGCGGCAAACCCCGACUGCCCCAAAUCGCGCCUCCUCGAGCUCUGCCCCCGAUGGAGAUCGACGUCGUCUCGCGCGCGCUGAGGACAGCUCAUCGGAUCGACUCGGAUUGCACGGAUUACCGGCGCGGCUCUGGGAGCAAGCUGGCGAGGCAGAGCGGCGGCAGCCUGAGCGACACCAGGCUGCACGGCAGCGGGAUGGUCUGCGAUAGCUGCUCCACGGACUCCAUGAAGUCGUCGUUCAGCCUGCUGGCCCCCAUUCGCGCCAAGGAUGUUCGCAGCAGAAGCUAUCUGGAAGGCAGCCUUCUUGCAAGCGGGGCACUGCUGGGAGCAGAAGAACUGAACAGAUACUUCCCUGAUCGGACCAUUGGCAUUUUUGUGGCCACCUGGAACAUGCAGGGCCAGAAGGAACUGCCAGAGAACCUGGAUGACUUGUUACUGCCCACUGACCCUGACUACGCCCAGGACAUGUACAUCAUUGGAGUUCAAGAAGGCUGUCCAGACAGGAGAGAGUGGGAGAUCCGUCUCCAGGAGACGCUUGGGCCCCAUUACGUCAUGCUGUUCUCGGCUGCACAUGGCGUGCUCUACAUGUCAGUCUUCAUACGGAGAGACCUCAUCUGGUUCUGUUCAGAGGUGGAGUAUUCCACUGUGACAACGCGGAUCGUGUCUCAGAUCAAGACGAAGGGAGCACUGGGGAUCAGCUUCACCUUCUUUGGGACCUCGUUUCUCUUUAUUACAUCCCACUUCACAUCUGGAGACAGCAAAGUGUAUGAGAGGAUAUUGGACUAUAAUAAAAUCAUCCAGGCCCUGGCACUUCCCAAGAAUGUUCCCGAUACAAACCCUUAUCGGUCCAGCCCUUCUGAUGUCACAACUCGCUUCGAUGAGGUGUUCUGGUUUGGAGACUUCAAUUUCCGGCUAAACCAGGAUCGAGAGGCUGUGAAUUUAAUCCUGAACCAGAACCUGGAGAUGGACAUGUCCAAGCUACUGCAGUAUGACCAGCUCCUUAAAGAAAUGAAAAAUGGGUCUGUUUUCAAAGGGUUCCAAGAGGCUGCCAUUCAUUUCCAUCCUUCCUAUAAGUUUGACAUUGGGCAGGACUGCUAUGACACCACUUCCAAGCAGAGGACACCUUCGUACACGGACCGGGUCGUGUACAGAAGCCGUCACAAGAAUGACAUUCAUGCUGUGAAGUACUCCUCCUGUCCCAUAAUCCGGACGUCCGACCACAGGCCAGUGUACGGCUUGUUCCGCGUCAAACUGAGGCCUGGCAGAGACAACAUCCCACUGGCAGCGGGGCAGUUUGACAGAGAACUCUAUUUGAUUGGGAUCAAGAGGCGAAUUACGAGAGACCUGAAGAAACGGCAGGAGCUGAAGGACCAGAAAUCCAGCAGAGUCUGUACUGUGUCCUGACCUUGGUGCCCAGCAGUGCACCUGUCCCAGGGGCCACAGGGAGGACUGCAGAGCGAGGUAAUGGUUGCAGCGGUGCAAGCGCCAUUCAUGGGAAGGGCUCUUUGUCGGAGCGCUGCUGAUGGUCACUGUGGCUUACCAAGAAGGCCACAGCUCUUCAGGACAGCUGGCCCUGUUUAUUCCAUCAGGUCACUUCUCUCGCCGCUUUCUUGGCAAGCAGCAAGAUUCAGCUGGUUGAUCUGAGGCUGGGCCAAAGACUAUGUAGUGGCUAUACUGCCCAAGGAACUGAAUUCAGCCAGAGCAGCUGCUCCAAGGGUAUUUCAGUUCUAUGUUUAGGCUAGUGUGGUCAGACCAGCUGCCCAGCAAACCUCCUCCUCAGAAGAGCACUGAUGUGAGCUGGUGGCUGCCUCACCUAGAGCCAAAUGCACAGUAUUUUGUAAAAUGCCUAGGGGACCAGCUGCAGAAUUGCAGCGGUUUCUUGUUCAUAACAUGUUUGCAUUUGUGGCCCACUCCCGCAACUUUGGGUGAAUGUACAGUGAUAAGGCCUUGGGGAGCAGCAUGUAUUUUGUACUCCUGUUUGUUCCUAAGAGGAAAAUGGCAUUUUCAAACCAGCACAGGCCCUUGGAUAGAGUCAGACUUUCUGAGGCAAUGUAUUCAUUCCCAAAUGUGUUGAUUCUCAGGAAUGGGAUAUCCAAUCUCUAGCCAUGUGCUUUCAGCAAGAGGCACUAACUGAAAACAGUGACUGAGGCAUGGUUGGCGUUUACAAAUCCUGCAGGGCAGUUAGCCUCAAAGUAGAGAGUUCUAGAGAAUGCUGCUAGGGAGAUGGGGAAAAGGGAUCUCUAACUCCUGGGAGAUUAUUUGGCAAGACUGUUGGGUCAGAGUAAGGACUAGGAGUCAGAUAACCUCAAGCCUGCUCCACCUCUGCUUCUCAGCAUGGGGAAAUUUAUAUCUUCUCUGUGGCUUAGUUUUCCAGUAGGUAAAAUGGGAAUAGUUCACCUAUCUGUAGAGCAACUUUCACUCGAGGCAAAUGGUGCUGGAAGUGCCACUGUGACAGUGGUUAAAUUAUACACUACAUUUAACCCCAAACAGCUUCUCAUGGGCAGUUUGCAUGGAUUAAUGGCUAGUAAUGGUACCAUAACCCAUCUUAAUACAUAAAAUACAAAAUCUGGAGGAAAUUCCAUAUAAUCAGUAGAUCUGUCACAGUCGCUUUCUGCAAUAAACCUUGGAAUAGAAGAAACACAUAAGGAACAAGUAACAAUAUUGUGUUAACUUCCAAAUGGUUAGGAGGAAACGUGCUCAAGUGCUUUCCCGUGGUAAAGAGUAAAUGUUCUGUCCCUGAAAAUCCUCUAUCCUCACCUACCUCUGUGUGAGCCAUUAAAGUAUCUCAGGAUAGACUGUAACCAGAAGGAAUUAUUCUGGGACCAGUGCCUUAGUGCAGGCGAUUCUUUAAAGGAUGGAGUACAGGACUUGGUUUUGAGCACACUAAUCCUAAUCAACCAAAGGAUUCUGACCCAGGCAUAAGCAAAUGCUGGAGUAGUCCUAUUGCAGUCGCAGCACUGCUCACCUGCUCAUCUUUCAGCCUGUGACUAAAUUGCUUUGCUAGACCCUGGCAAAGUUCACACCACUGUAGUGGACUGAAUCCUUAGUGUGGCUCUUCACACCAAUUUAAAAAGCAAACUGGUAUUCCCACGCAGAAAGCAUCUUGUAAGGCUUAAGUGGUUAUAUGAUGGGAAGUCUGACUCUGUCUUGGGUUCCAGCAUUUCAUGCUAAGCAUUUGUUCCUCUUGUUCUGCAUUUCUUUUUACAAAUAAAGUAAGGACCAGAUUU